AAUCAAUCUGUAUCAUCCAUCAACUCCGCCGGUCCUCUGCUCUCAACCAUGCUCGGAGGGCGACGGCAACUCCAGCCGAAACCUCACAAACCACCACAGGCCGCUAGCCAUGCAGCUCCUCUUGGCGGCAAUACAACUUUGCUACUCGGACUUGGACUGACAAUUAUCGUCCUCACUUUGAUUGUUCUUCUUGGACUUUCCAUCUUCCAUACCUUCUAUCCAAAGCGAAGCAAACGGAAUGGCAUAAGAAAGACAGAAGAUCUACUUCCGAACACUGGAGAGACGUCUGAGUUGAAGAGCUUGCCAAAUACUUCAUCGCUCAAAAGACCUGAUGCCUCGUGUGCGGACGACUCUCCGAGAGACCCGCAAUGGCUGCAAGAGUAUGGCCUCGAGAGCCAGAUGCGAAGUUCUUCAAAAGCGAUGAUUUGUGUCCCAGCAGAGGUAGCCGAGGAAAUGCAAUAUUCCCCAGGCGAGUUAGCCGACGCCAUGUCGGAUGGCAAGAGACAUACCAUGACGGCUCAGGAAAGAAUCUGCUCUGUUGUCUACACCUCCAUGGAGGGUUUUCAAGGUGAGUUGAGCCAGGAUGCCAUUUAA